AAUAAAGAAGAAAGGGAGGGUAGCUCCAGGAGACAAGAGAUGGCAGCUGUGGUGUAGCGCGAGAGGGAAGGGAGGGGGUUAGAGAGUAGAGAGAGAGAUGAGGGAGCAAGAAAUCACUUGAGGAGGGAAACUGUAGAGUUGCAGUGUUCUGCACAGUGUGAUUGAGACUGCCAUAGCUUAUCAGUAAUUGUUAGAUCAGAUCAAAAGAGUGGGGCUGGGAUUUGGAUUGGUGUUGACGGAGUAUCUGGAUAAAGCAGUAGCACGGGGUACUGUAACUGCUCUGCUUUAUAAAAGAGAGGAUCUUUGACAGGACAUUUUACACUGCAAGGCACUCAGGAACACAACUUGGUUGGCUUCUAACUGAUACAGCAAGAUGCAGGGAUGUCCUGCGGACUGGGAGUCAGACCCCUGGGCCCCCUUAUCCUAGGAGAGCCCCCCCCAGCAGAGAGUGAGGAAGGAAGGGAGAGCGAGACAGGAUCACCACCACGUCUGUGAUGCCAACCCUCCUCAGUAACCUGACUGAGGGGUCUGGGUGGCUGGUCGACCCCACAGGGGACCCCAACUUCACAGCAGCAGGUCAGACUGGGGUCCCCCUGGCCCCAAUCUGCACGUUAUGCUGCUGCGGCCUGCUAAACCGCACUCUGGCCAUGGUCUUCAUGGUCAGCCUGGCGUUCGCUAUUGUCCUCGGCAACGCUAUCACGCUCACCGUCUUCCUACAGACCCGGCAGUUCCGCACGCCGCAAGGAUACCUAAAAAUGUCUCUGGCGCUGGCAGACAUGAUGGUUGGCAUGCUGGUGGCGCCCUUCUCCAUCUACACAGAGAUCACACUGAUGGUGACCAGCUCUCCGCCGGCGUGGUACCAGGGGAGUAGGGGGGUCUCCUCAGGGGGCCUCCUGGGUCCCUGGCAGCCCUGCAAGCUGAUUGGGCCUGUGUUUGCUGGCUGUACCUUUGUGUCCAUCAGCACCAUCUUUCUGAUGACUGUGGAGCGCAGCGUGGCCAUCCUCAAGCCGCUGCACAAGGAUGCUGUGGUGACACGCCACCGCACCCUGCUCCUCAUCACCCUCUCCUGGGUGGCCAGCUUCCUGCUGGCCAUGGCCCCUCUGAUCCUCAGUGAUGCCUUCACCCUGGAAUACAAUGAGUGCAGCCGCAUGUGCAACUACGCCCCCUUGUGGAGAGAUGGGCCGCCACCACCAAAUGGGAAUAUCAUGCUGCUCUUCCCAGCGUUUGACUUCACCUUGUUGGGGGGGACCCUGGUGGUCAACAUCCUCUCGUUCUCCAGCAUCAGACGGUACUCCCGCAAGCGCAAGAUGCUUGCAGAAGGGGGUUCAGGGGGGGACAUUCAAAAUGGGUGCACGCACAGACCCUCGUUCUCGGACAUCAAAGCGGCCAAGACAAUUGGCAUCCUGACAUUUGCUUUCACGGCCUCCUUCACCCCCAUCGCUGCUUUCGUGUUGGGCAACGUUGUGGGAUACCAGUGGUGCAACUUCUCCUUCUUUGCCUUCUGGAUCCUGACCUCAAACAGCUGCUGCAACGUCAUCAUCUACAGCGUGCGGGACCAGCGAUUCCGCAAAGGCGUGACGCUGCUCUUCUGCAGAGGCCCUGCACCACCCCCUGGGGGAGAAGAGUUGAAACUCCCAGGGGGCUUUCGAGGGCUGCCUGCAAAAAGCAUUCAGGGGUAGAUGUACUAAAGUGUUGCGGAUGUCGUAAUAGUCACAGACCACUUCUAAACGAGUCGGAAGUCUAGGGUGAAAUGUACUAAACAUGCGCAAUGCUAUUAGCAACUUUUUAGGGAAUGCUUUGUGGCAGCAGUUUUUCUUUGUAGUUCAGCCUUAGAUGAAAAUGUAGUUCCUGCAUAAAUUUGCAGGGUGUUGAUGUGCAAAUGAGGGUUCUCAAAUAUUACAAUGAGAUGUACUAAAGCUGUCGGCAAUUGCGACACUUACAAUUUCAUCAAUUUGUUAAGAACUUUUGAAAGCAUGUUUUAAACAGUCGCAAUUAGGAAAUGUGCAAUCUGAUAGUGGUUUUCAGGUUAGGAUUAGGUUUGGGGUAACAUUGUGUUUUAAGGUUAGGAUUAGGUUUGUGUGUAGAUGCUCCAGGAAGCAUGGAUGUUCCUGGCACAUUUGGGUCUGGAUAAAUAGACAACGUGCAAGUGGGGUGGAUAUUGGGGACUUGACAUUUAAAGUACAAGAAAAGUAAAGGAAUCAUUGUUUACAGGGCCUUUGCCCAUGUAUACGCUGUAAUUACACAGUUACUAAAACUAAAGUGGGAUCACUGUAAAUAAUAAUUCAAUUACAAAAACUUUAAUGUUGACUAUAUAUUAAGAAUAUCAGUAUAUUUGCUGAUGGGCAACAAAACCCCUUCCUAGUUGUUGAUCUAGGAAAUAUAAUUGAAAUCAAUCAAUUUGCUAUAAUGUGGGGGUUAAUCAAGACAAAUCCAUACUGAACUAUUAUAUUGUUGUUGAUUUAUAGAGAACUCCAGAACUAAAAGAAAGCAUCGACCCUUAUUGUAAUGUAUCUAAUCAUUCUUUUCAUAUUGGCCCUAUUUUCUGAUAAAUGGAUCUUCAAUCAAAAAAUAAAAUGCAGUUCAUCAUGUUCUCCAAUCAUUCCUAUAGUGUUUUAGUUUCAUAAAGUACCAUUUAUCAGAAAUAGUCUUUGUGUGAUUGCGCUGUCCUUUAUCAUGAUGUCCCUGUGGACUCUCACACAAUUCAGCAAAUUUAACUGAUGAGCAACAAAUUGGGGUGCUGAUGAGCAACAAGAGGAGAAUCAAUAUCCAAGUCCAGUUUGACUUCAGCUUAAACACAAAGGAGAUAAUUGAAGAUAUCUGUAACUGACGCAAACACAUUAUACAAACAUUAAAAAAAAGACUUUGCCAAUGCCAUGCAAGCUAUUUUUCUUAAGGGUUAAAUCAAAUGAUAAUAACAACAACAACAACAGCAUUACCUACUAUGUAAACACACAAGGUGACAUCCUUUCCCCUCACUCACAAAUGGAAAGACAAGCAGCUGAGAAUAAUAGGAAUAUCUGUUACUCCAAAGCAUAGCCACCAUCUUCAUGGUAUAAUUGUUAUUUAGAUUAACACUUGGGUUUUUAAUUAAAGCCACACAGCUGAGCCCAGAACACUAUAUAGUGCAACUUGUUUACAGUAAGGCCUUGACAUAAUCUAAGGAAAAGGGGCCUACUGUGCUAAAGUUUUGCAUUGCUGAAAUUAUGUUUUUUUUUAAUUGUAUGUGUGUUUGUGUGUGUGCUGAACUGUCACACAAAUUACACAUAAUUUAUCUGAAAUCAGUAUGUACCGACAAUAUGGAAUCUUUUACCAAACAAAUCGAUUCAUAUUCAAUUUUAGAUCACAAAUACUCACAACCUUAUAUAUGCAACAUUGUCAAUAUAUAGUCCAUAGAUCAAGAAUUGACAGUGCUGCCUCAUGGUACUUAAUCACUUACUUUGCUUCAGGUUAUGCAGCUAGAACCGUGAAUACAAAAACAUCUUGGAUCUGUUGUCUUGAAUUUAUAAUAUAAUGUCAAAACUUUGACAAUAGGGCCAAUCAUAUCUCCAAUUAAGUAUAGAAAAGAAGCAACAAACCAAAAUAUCUUCAACAUAAGAAAGGGGGAACUAUUGAUAAAGUUGCUAUCCACUCUUAAGGUUUAGAAAUGUGUGAGUAUAUGUGUGUAUGGUGUGUGCGUGGGGGGAGAGACUGGCAGUGCUAUACAUGUUUCAGAGCACUCCAGAACUCAGCAAAAUAUAAACUAGCCAGUGGUGAUAUAGUGCCAGUAUCUGUAAAUAUGCAUAGUUGCAACACUUUCAUUUUUACAUAUGCAGCAGUAUCGCUAUGUACUGUAGGAUUUUCUUUCUGCAGUUGUAGCUCUCUACUGUGAUCUUCAUCAUAUCUACAAGCAUGGCUUAUCUCUCAAGAUCCUGUACUAUAAACCCCCCCCCCCCCCCCCCCCCCCCCACACACACACUGGCCUCGAGGCUAUCUCAGCUAGUGUUCUACAUUACAGAUAAGUAGAGAGUAUAACAUUGGUUCCCAACCUCUCUAUUACUUUUACUUAACUGGAUGCUAAUUACAUCGUUGACAUAUUUUUAGUUCGCUUUGUUAAUAUUAUGAAAUUAUAGCACGUACUGGAACGGUACUAUAACAGAAAAAUAAAUAUCAUAAAAAAGUGAUUGUGUAACUGUUUGCCUGUCUGAUACAUGCUGGAAUAGACAGGAAGCGAGGAAAUCAUUUCUGUUUUCUAUUUUAAAAAAAAGAGUAUGAAAUUAGAAUUUAUUGUCGGAGUGCAAUAACAAAUUAUUGACAGACAAACAUUUGUGGUCAGCAUGUAUUGUUUCUGUUCUCGUCUGUCUGAAGAAGAAGGGGGUCUGUGAAACUGCGCUGGAGCCAAUCGGCCCAUCUCUGAAUGUUCAAUCAAAGCAGAUUUCCAUUUCCCUUUUCAAUGUCUUCAAAUAAAA